AUCUCCACUGUAGAGACACACACACACACUCACACACCGACCGACUGAAACUCUCCGCUUUCCGCUGAGAACCACAGCGUAUCCUCACAUCGCUGGAAAACAUCACAGACAAUGACACAGAAAAAGAUUUCCCCGACGGUCCAGACUGUGGAAGGACAGAUCCCGCCAAGCUACGACGAGGCCAACGCAGGAUGUCCUGGUUACUACUAUGGUGGAGGAACUUUUUCCUGGGAUGACAAGUUUAUUAGACGAAUCUUUAUACGAAAGGUUUAUUCCAUUCUGAUGCUGCAGCUCUUCUCUACAGUCGCAGUCAUCGCUCUCUUCACCUUCCAUGCUCCGGUGAGGAUGUACAUUCAAACACAUCCGAUUUUAUACUCCAUGUCCAAUCUUCUGUUUCUCGUCACAUAUCUCACAUUGGUUUGCUGUGGUGAUUUGAGGAGGCAGUUUCCAUGGAAUUUUAUUCUGCUUACAAUCUUUACUCUGAGCAUGGCUUCCAUGUUGGGUUUUAUCUCCAGUUUCUACAACACCAAGUCUGUGAUGCUGUGCAUUGGCAUCACUGCCACCGUGUUUCUGUGCGUCACCAUCUUCAGCUUUCAGAGCAAGAUUGACAUCACCUCAUACCAAGGUCUUCUCUUCAUUCUGUGUAUGGUCAUGUUCUUCUGUGCUAUUGUCAUGGGAUUCGUGGUUCCCUUCGGCUAUGUCCCUUGGUUACAUGCGGUCUAUGCCAGCAUAGGAGCUGUGGUGUUUACCAUGUUUCUAGCCUUCGAUUUGCAGAUGCUGAUGGGGAACAAGCAAUACGCCAUGAGUCCUGAAGAGUAUAUCUUUGCCACUCUGAGUCUCUACCUGGAUGUCGUGUACUUGUUCACGUUCCUGCUGCAGUUGUUUGGCAAUGGUCGAGAAUGAGCCACGGUUGUGUAGUAAUAUUCGCCAUCACAUACAAUAUGAAUGUUCCCAACUGUUCUGCAAACCCAAUGUAUGUGGCCUUUUAUGUUUCGUUAGGUUUAAGGAAAAUCAACACUGUAAAAGUGUUUUCUCAGGUAAUGUGAAUAUGUGCUUUGUGUGUUAACUUAUUCAAAGGUCAAAAUCUAAAACUUUUAAUAUGA